ACAUGAUCAUCACGCGCUUACAAACAACUGAAAACGCGGAACUCCCGCGGAGAUAGUCAGUUGGAGACGUCAUGACUCACUGGUUUCACCGUAAUCCACUGAAGGCUACAGUGCCAGUGAAGUUCGAUGGUCUAAGAAAGUGUGGAAAAGGCGAAAAGUGCAGCGAGAUUGUCACGCAGCUGAAGGUUAGCAGGACACACUUCCUGGACCUGGUGAACAAUGCUGGUAGUGCAGUGGACGAGGUGACGGUGGCCUUCACGGAGUACCUGGGGUUAGUGAAGGGACUGGUAGAGGCACCCCAGGGAGGAGAGAGCAAGCUGAGGACACUCACCACCUUUAAAUGGACCAACUCCCUCCAGGGCCGCACCCCCAGUGUGCAGACUGAUGCCUGGUUUGAGGUCGUAUCUGUUGUGAUGAACAUGGCGAUAUGGCACACCAAACAUGCUGCCCUCAAAGCAUCCGAUGACAGUAUAACAGUGGAAGAGGCGAAGGAAGUUCAUCGUUCGCUAAAACUUGCUGCAGGGAUGUUCCUGCACAUUAAGGACCAUCUGCUCCCCAAACUGCCAGCCACUCCUGAGAAAGGAACUGACUUUGAUGUGAGAGUAGUGGAGGCAUAUGCUGGCCAGUCGCAGGCUGAGGCACAGGAAGUGACUCUGGGCAGAGCACUGGAGCUGGGUCACAAGCCCACAGUUGUGUCGGCUCUAGCCGCAGAGACUGGUCAGCAGUUCACUCUGGCAGGAGACGCCCUCAAGACUCUGGAGCCUGCCCAGUUCAACAAGUGGGCCACUUACCUCGCUCUCAAAGCCGCCUUCUAUGAAUCCUACACCUACUGUUUCUUUGGGAAGGAGCUGCUUGUGCAGGAGAAAUGCGGAGACUCCAUUAAAGCCCUGCAGCACAGCCAAGCAUUGUGUGAGAAGGCCACAAAGCUCUGUGAGAAGUAUGCCCGUACCAAAGGCCCAGGAACCAUUGCUCGUCCAGAAAGACACCCAUUCUUUCAGAAACUAACGCCCAUGGUCAAACUUCACCUCGACAAGAGCACCAGAGAAAAUGGCUUUAUCUACUACCAGAAGGUGCCAGCUGAGCUGCCCGAGAUGGAGCACCAUCAGGUGUAUGGACUGGCCACCCCAGAGGAUUUCGUCCUUCCUCCACACCAUCCUCUCUGGACUGAGGAGUCCUAUGCUGCCUUCCAGUUCUCCCCUGAUGCCAGUGAGAAGUAUGACACAAAGGCGUCAGCCAGUCAGGAAGAGAUUGGACCUGUCCCAGAACCUGACAUUGCCCCAGGCAAGGUGCCUGAGCCUCAGACCAAGUCUGGCUGCUCCAUCUCAUAG